CUUUUGGAGGGCAGGGCUGGUAGGCCAAUUUCAGACCCAGUCCAGGGGUUUCCUGAAGUGGUCAGGUGAUCUUGAGUGGCAACCCUUGAGGCUGGGUCUUCUCUGUUGGGUAUCAACUGCCCACUUUUGCCUGGCAAAUUCUGUUGCUUUCUCUCUCCUGGUGUGCUCCAGUUUCCCCGUUGUUUGGAUUUCUCUCACCUUAUAUCCAUUCCCAAGUAAAAAUGGAUUUAGCCAGACAAAAUGGAUCCCACAGUGUACCAAGAAACUGCAUACUGUUGCUGAAAAGAGUGUUGGGUGACCAAAUUAAUAAGAUGCGCCAUGUUGUGUACUGCCCAGUGACCUUCAGAUAAAGACCAGUAUACAAAUUUAAUAAAUGAAAUGAAUAUUAUGAGCUAGUUCCUGAGUUUGUUCAUUUCCUCCUCCAUCCCAAUCCAGUUUCAUUUUCUGUUGUGCGCCUCUCUUCCUUUUUAGUGAUCUGUUAGCCACUCUGGGAGCCUUUUGUUGGCUGAGGAGCAAAACAAAUCAAUGAUAUAUAGUAUAUACAGGGCUGGCUCUGGGUUUGAGGGGGCCCUGGACAAGAUAUCCCCUGGCAGACUCUUGCCUACGUCAGUGGACUUCCUGGGCCAUACACAUCACUGCAGCAGUGGCGACUUAGCCUCUAGCCCACCAUUACAAUUUCCCACAAUGCCUGACACUGUGUCUCUCUGGGACACUUUGGGCCUUUCAAAUGAUGGCUUAGAAACCCAGUCACCUGGUUCAAGGGGGCAAGACGAGGCCUUGGUGCUGGCGACCCUAUCAGGAGGAUGCGAGAGCCCUAACAACUGCCCGAAGAUGCUGGCUGUUGGCGCUGAGAUUACAACAUCUACCUCUGAGGUCCUCCCCUCCAGAGGAAAAUAGGGGUAUGCAAUACCUGUCAGAUACUGGAGGGAGGGGCAGACCAAGAACUCUUACUUGUCCACCAACCAAUGAGCACCAAGGAGGGCAAGCCCUCUCCCCAGCCUCCGAAGAAGGAUAAAAAGGCAUCUUUUGGAGGGGGCUGUCGUGGAGCAGCGUCUCAUCAAUGAGGAGUUGCAACUACACCACCAGAAUCACUCGCACCAGCAAAGUGUCCUAUUUUCCAGGUUCAGAGGAACAAGCAAAGGGAGCAGACAGCUGGAAUAGUUGGAGCUGAUUUGCCCAGGCAUGACAGACGUGGAAUUUGGCCGGAUGUCCGUCAAGGAGCUGGAGCUGGAUGGCAAAAGCAGCCCCCCGCAGCCCCACUGGUUUGAGCAGUACGUCCAGCCUUGCAUCGGAGAGCUGGUGGGGUCGGCCUUCUUCAUCUUCAUUGGCUGUGCAUCAGUCAUCGAGAACACGGAUGGCACCGGGAGGCUGCAGCCGGCGUUGGCGCACGGACUGGCCUUGGGGCUCACCAUUGCGGUUUUGGGGAACAUCAGUGGUGGCCAUUAUAACCCUGCGGUCUCCCUUGGGGCCUGGCUCGUGGGUGGGCUGAACAUGGUGAUGGUCAUUCCUUACUGGAUCUCCCAGUUGUGUGGUGGGCUCAUCGGAGCCGGGCUGGCCAGGGUGAUGACCGUCUGGGAAAGGUAUGACAAUGCCACAGGAGCAGCGUUCACCUCCGUCACCUCGGAUGACCAAAUCCCUGCAGCUCUGGUGGGUGAGAUUGUGAUGACCAUGUUCCUGGUCAUGACGGUCUGCAUGGGGGCCAUCAACGAGAAGACUAAGACCCCCCUGGCUCCUUUCUGUAUCGGCUUCACCGUGACGGCGGACAUCCUCGCAGGGGGAGGUGUUUCAGGAGGCUGCAUGAACCCAGCCAGAGCGUUUGGUCCUGCACUGGUCGCCAACUACUGGGACUACCACUGGGUGUACUGGGUCGGCCCUAUGGUGGCCGGACUCCUUGUUGGUGCAUUGAUAAGGACCCUGAUUGGGGACAAGAAAACCCGCAUCUUCCUGAAGUGAGCAUCCUCUGAGCAGGCUCCAGCGCUGGGCAGCACAACAUCAACAGACCGCUGCUCCAGAGCUCUCCAACAACCCUCCACUUCUCAACCUCUGCUUCCCCGUUUCCUUCGUGGCCAAACUCUUGGGUGGCCCCCACCUGGAGGAGACAGGCAGGCUCCUGGACCGUUCUGUUGAGUGCUGCUCUCUACUAUUUAAAGCAAGGGGGCUCCUUCUCCCCAUGCAUUGCUGCUAGGGAAACCCAAGCAGAGAGAGUUGCUGCUGUUGGGCUCAGGGUCUGCAUUGACCGGCCACAGUGAGACCAGGAUGCUAGGCUAGGUGGCCCCUGUCGGCCUGACCCAGGAGCUGGGCACUUCUUACAGUCAUAUGUUCUCAACGCUGUUAGGAUAUUGGACACAUACACCAUCAGCGCCCUCAUUGAUCCAGAGGGCUGCUCUCCUCUGGGCAAGUUCCACUGGAAUACCCUGGAGCUCUUGGGCAGCAUCUGGGAAUCUGCUAGCCCAGCUCACCCACAUUCCACUGGGGCUUGCACAAGGCCUCGUGUAAAUUGAUCAGUGUGAAUUUUAGUAUGAAUUUUCCCCACUGCACACAUUUUCGGGAAGCAAUUUCCCCAUAUAUAAUAUGUUUUUGUGUGUGAUGUUUUCACUGUAAUAUAGCAUAUGCAUUAUUGUAUACACUGCAGAACAGCACUGCAAAAUUCAGAGAGGUGCAAAUUUCAAGGGAAAAUUGAAUUUGUCCAUUUUGGUGUCUCUCAGUUUCUCCAGUCUUAGAUUCAGAUCUUCGCAUUUCCAAAUCAUUCUGCUUUUUUUUUUUUUAAGUCCUCAUGAAAAUUCACCAGCGUUUUAGUGUGAAUUUCUCCUAACGAGCAUGUUUUGUAUGCAGUUUUGCUUAAUGUACACAUUUUUGCAGAGUGAUUUCCCCCAAUACAGUGCAUUUUUUGUAUGUUGUUUUCCCUAUUAUAUGCAUCCCUAUGCAUAAUUUACUCAAGCAUAUUGCUUUAUUGAUGAUUUGCUAACCAUUUCAUACAAUUUAUGUUGUAAUUGUGAUGUUCCAGUAUGUUUUGUUAUUGUUAUUGUUAUUGUUGUUACUGUUUGUAAGCUGCUUUGAGAUUCAUUUGAAUGAAAUACAAC